AUGGUGACAGGAACCGUUGAGUUCAUUCAGCUUGGAGAAGACAUCGGCAAGAUAUGCAAGGUGUGCAACCCAGCCUGUGUUCUCAAAAACAACCGCAAGAGGGUGCAAGUGCUCUUUCAAAAAAGCAGACGCCUCGGCGCGAAGUUCGAAAAGCCUCCGCAGGGUUUUGCCGCGAGACAACCAGCGAACUUCCGUGUGAAGCAGCAGCUGAUCGUGCUCUGCCCCGCUGUCUUGACAAAGACUCUGGAACAAUCGGGGAUUCAUAGGCCUGACAGCCUUAGAAAAAAUGAAUUUCAAGCCCUUCAAUCAUUUAAAAGUGCAGCAUGUUGGCUGAAACCCCUACGUCCUACGAUAACAAACCCUGAUGUCUCUCUCCAGUGUCCCCUGUGGGUCUGUCCAGAGCUGGAGGACUACCAGACGGACUGUGGACCUCUGCAGCUGGGCCUGGCCGGACAGCAUCAGCGCUCCAACACCUCCCUGGCCCUGCAGCUGAGUCACACCUGGCUGCAGAGGAGGCGUCUGCAAGACCAGAACUUUCCCUCCACCACUCUGGAGGGUCCAGGGGUCCCUCUGGCCACUCCUUUCACACCAAGCCCCAUCAUGACCAAAGGGCUGGCAGACACGGUGUGGGCGGGUCGCACCCAGACGCUGAAGAACGGCGAGGUCACCUACUUCCUGGACGGAGCUCACACCAGGCGCAGCAUGCAGGCCUGCGUGAGCUGGUUCCAGGAGGCAGCGGUGCGCUGCGAGAGGAACCCAAGGUGA